CCUCGACAUGGGACCCUCGACCCUCGACCCUCGACAAAAAGAUAGACUCGAUCGCUCCGUGCGCAUUCACGCAGCUGAAAUUUUCUAGCGCCAAGGCUCCAUCGGUCAAGAGGGACAGGUGACUCUGGGGACGAGGUUGCGUACCGGAGCUGCUAGAGCGAGGUGCAGAGAUUGCAGCAGGGAUUUGUUCAUGUUCCUUCCAGAAUGUCAAAAUCUCUCGUGGAUUUGUGCAUGUUCUGUGUUGCUAAAAACCUGGAGAAUAUCGAUCGAGUUGGGUCUUUUUUGUGCAAAAAUGACAACGAGCUUGUGUUGGAACUGCUGUGUGAUCAUGACAUGUUUACAGGGAGUAGGAUGCCAUACAUAACAACCGAGCUUUUGACAUCACGACUGGAAAACAUCGCUUUUCGUUACAGUGGUCAAGUGGACGACACAUUGCUUCAAAAAGUAGCCCUCUCCCAUUGCAAACUCAAGUCUUUUAUACUCAAAGACUGUCUACAGGUGUCAGAUAAGGGAUUGUCUCUUCUCUUCAAGAAUCAAACUGACUUGGAACUUAUACACCUCAAAUCGGGUUCCACUCACACCCACUUAAGUGACAAAUGCUUGACUGUGCUACGGUCUCCAAAAUUAAUAUCAGUAAAACUAGAAGGGCUUGAUCAGCUGACCAACAAUGCAGUCAUCACCUUGGCCAAGAACUGCACCAAUAUUUGUGAGCUGAUGCUCCCCCGUUGCAGUGGCCUUACCGAUGGCUGUAUCCAAACAAUUACUACUCUUUUGAGUGGAAAAUUGGAAGUGUUGGAUUUGUCUGGUCUGCAUUUGUUGACAGAUCUCAGCCUCAUGGCCAUUGGCUCAGGAAGCUGUUCCAGUCUCAGAGAGCUGCUGCUUGUUGGUUGUACCAUGAUUUCUGGAGUAGGACUACUACAGGUUACCCAAGGUUGUCCUCAUUUGUCAACUCUGGACAUUGGCUACUGCUAUAGAAUUUUAAAUCAUGGCACACUGUCAGUGGGAGUGAGUGCUUUUCCUCCAAAUCUGACAGAAUUGACUCUACAUGGAGUGCAGAUGUCCACAGAUUUACUUAUUGGCCUUGUGGACAAACUAGCUUACAUCAAAAGAUUGACUCUGUGUGGCAUGAAAGCUGUUGAUGAUGAUUCUUUAGAGCAAAUUUGUUUAGCAGCAGGACGGACCUUGACGUCUUUGGACCUAAGUGGUUGUGCUAGUUUGACAGACACUGGUCUGUCAGCCAUCAGCAAACACUGUCAAACCAUUGAAUCUCUUAAAGUUUCUUUCUGCCCUAAUAUUUCUGGCAAGAGCUUGAAACCACUGUUCAUCUGCCCAAGGAGAGGCCGAGACUUCAAAGCAUUCGUGGCUAAUGGAUGUAAAAUGGUGAGUUUUCAAAGCAUUUCAAAAAUAAUUUAGUAAGAUGAGUAGAUCUCACUAAGAGCUAACUCAUAAUAACUUUGAGAAAGAGAACAACAGUUACGCAAUGUUAAUUUGUGUAAUUGCAGCCGUUUUACCUGUUUUGUGAAAAUUUUGAAGAGCUUUCCGUCGAAAAUUAGUUGUACAUGUAGUUGAUUGGUAUGCAACAAAGGUGGUUGUAUAUGGUUGUAUAAUUCGAGCCAUCGAUAGCUUUGUCAUCGGUUUUUAACCGACACUUUGCCAAAAAUUACAUGCAAGGGUGUCACUCGAGAAGUGCGUUUCUUCUGCGAAGAAUUAUUGCUAUUUUUAAGUUGGAAAAUAUUUGUUUUCCAAGUUGUAGUGUUGGAAUGAUUUCACUGCUUCACUCCUGCACUCCCUCACUCCCUCCCUCACUCCCUCCCUCACUCCCUCACUCCUUCACUCCCUCACUCCUUC